AGGACAGUGACGUUGGUGCAAGUAAGACAGUCACCUGACAAGUAUUUGUCAGCUGAUGUCAGAUCCCUCAGCGAUUUGCCUUUAAUUUGUGUAAAUUGCAUCUUUUUCUUUCAACAUGGCACUACAUUCAGCAGCUAAAGGAAAACUGAUUGCUGUAAUUGGAGAUGAAGACACUUGUGUCGGUUUCUUAUUGGGAGGUGUUGGUGAAAUCAACAAAAACCGCCAACCCAAUUUUAUGGUUGUUGACAGGAAUACUAGCAUAAGUGAAAUCGAAGAGUGCUUCAAACGAUUUGUGAAAAGAGAUGACAUUGACAUCAUUCUCAUUAACCAGAAUGUUGCUGAAAUGGUGAGACAUUGCAUUGACAGUCACACACAGCCUGUGCCUGCUGUUCUUGAAAUUCCAUCUAAGGACCAUCCUUAUGAUGCAAGCAAAGAUUCUAUUCUACGUAGAGCGAAGGGCAUGUUCAACCCUGAUGAUGUCUGAAGUUCAUGCAUACACUGCCAACAUUCCAUGUAAUUGCUCCUUUUACCUACGUGGGAACGGUCCACUCCAUCUGUAAUAUAAUAUUCCUCUUUAGAUGCAUUUUCUUUUUCAAAAAAAGAAAAGAAUGGUUGCUUCAGUAUUAUGCUGAUUAUGUUUUGUGAUGCACACAUUGUCUAAUAUUUCAGACAAUACUUUUAGACAUAAUGAUGUAUCUAAUUUGUUUUUCAGUUAUUUUGGCGAAGGACAUUAAUGUGUUGUCCACUCAUACUGUAAUGCUGUGUAGAACUUAGGUUGUUUGUUGAUUCAUAAAAUUAUAUUGUUAUUGUGGAAAUUAUUAAAAAUGAAAUUUGAUUCAUUCGAA